AUGACUAUGUUUUCAAAAUUUGAACUCAUUGUAUUAUUUUAUGGGUUAUCCAGUCUUACCGUAUUGAUCGCCGUCAAAUGUCAUUUAAAAAAUUGGUCGAUACAAUCGAACGAUGAAUCCUGCGAAGGAGACUUUUGUAUUGUAAAACGGGGGACUAGCACUUCUCCAACCGCUAUAACACAAACUUGCAUUAUUGGUGCAAAAAUGCCAUCUUACAACUGUUCAUUGGAUGUUGCCGAUGCAUUGCAAUGCUAUUGCGGCACUGACUUCUGUAACGAUGUAAAUUUGCUGAAAUCUAACUUUACUAUUUUACCAACUAUUGAAUGCAAAAAAGUAUUGUCGGAAGAGUAUAAACCAGCCGCAUGUAAUAAAUGCAAAUGGACUAUCGAUUAUAUAAAAUACGAUGGCAGUUUGAGCGACAAAUUUACAGACGAAACUGUGAAUUGUGGUGAUUCUGGGGAGUCAGCAGAUAUCAUUUUCGAUACCGACAAUGUCAUUUUUGAUCGAAUUGGUCCAAACUUCUUUUCUGACGCUUGUUAUAAUGUAACAAUGAAUCCCCAACAAUACACUGUGUAUUGCAGAUGUUCAUAUCCAAAUUGUAACGACCCAGAGAAAGGGCUACCCUAUCCGUUCUCUCCGCCUACCAUUACAUGUUACACAAGUGGAUACGAUGGAAGAGUUAAUAAUGCAAAAUAUGAUACUCCGAAACUUGAUUAUUUCACAAAUUAUGAAAAUCUAAUUAAAAAUGAGAGCUACUACGAUGAAGGAAUACAAUGUCGAGGGCACUUCUGUUUCAUAACUAUAGUGGACCAUACUUCUUCAAAUAAUUCAUACUACAAAGGAUGUAUUACAGCAAAUGAACAAGGAGAACAUCGGAUUCAGCUGGGACAUUCAUACCUGAAUGAUGUUCCAUAUUACAUUUGUGACACGGAUUUUUGCAAUCUGAACAUUGAAACUACUCUGAAAGUGGCUACAAACUCUACAGAAGCCAGAGAUAAUUCAUCAAAAUCAAUAGAAAAUUUAAAUUCAUGUCUCUUGAUUUAUAUUCUGCAAUUUGUAUUUUCAGCAAUGGUCGUUUAA